AUGGAAUCUUGGUUUUGUCCUCCACUUUGGAGACAACGACGCUCGUUUAUAGUUGCCAUUCUUGAUCGUUUCCAAAUUAAAUCAGUUAUAGAUUAUGGUUGUGGAGAAGGCAAUAUCUUGUCUUUCCUAAUAACACCUUCAGACAACAAUCAGAUUACAAAAAUAGCCGGUGUAGAUAUCUCUAAAGAAGAACUUGAAAAGGCUACUGAGGCUUGUCUUCCUUGGCCCUCUGACUAUAGCCAAAAGAGAUUACAUCCUUUGGUGAUUGACAUUUAUCAAGGUUCAAUCGGAGAACCAGACAAGCGAUUAAAGGGCUAUGAAGCCAUCAUUUGUAGUGAGGUCAUUGAACACGUUUACCAAGACGUAUUGGAUUCAUUCUUUCAAGUUGCUCUGGGAUUCUACAGACCCAAGGUUCUUAUAGUCACCACACCAAAUUGUGAAUACAAUGUUCAUUUCCCCAACCUUCAUUAUGGAACAGAUAAAGCAUCAUUUAGACAUUUAGAUCACAAGUUUGAGUGGACUAGAGAACAGUUUAAAGCAUGGUGUACGGAAGGAGCUGAAAGGUAUGGAUAUGACAUAGAGUUUCACGGUAUUGGAUUGCUAAAAGGAAAAGAAAAAGAGUUACAGAAUGGAUACUGUACACAAGCAUGUGUCUUUAUAAAAAGGACAAAAGAAGAAGAAGAAGAAAGUACUAUAGAAGAGAGAUAUAAAUUGAUAAAGCAUAUUGAGUUUCCAUAUUUUGAUGAAAUACCAACAUCCAGUCAGAUACUGAAAGAGAUCAGUGACUAUAUUGAAGUGUUGUGUAAAGCAGAUCAUUAUUAUUACUAUAAGCGUCCCAAGCGCAGUGUGCCACGCUGUUCGAUUCAAAUAGACAAGACAAUGGAUUGGAACACAUUUGAUAUCAAGACGGUCGUUAGACAUGAUGAAGAAAAAAGAGAACAGCAUCAUGAACCAGGGCUGUAUACGCAUUGUCCAUUAGAGUUACCUCUUGAACAGUUAUGGAGUAUAACCAGAGUCCAAUACCUCUGUCAGGGCAUAGUGGACAAUUUAAAGAGUAGACUGAAUGAACUUAAAGAUAUACGAGAAGAAAAUAAUACCAUCAUCAUCAAUAAGUCAUUUAAAAUAAAUGACUGA